CAAUGGGGCAAUGGGGUGGACAAUGUCAAUGGAGCCAGGUCGGGAUAUCCACGCGAGAGAACCUAAAAUUGCAGAACAGGCAGCCUCUUAUCAAAGUGGCCGUUUCUUACAUCUUGUGGUGAUCAAUAUGAAUUCUUUUGAUACUGAGAUGCCUCACAUUGCGUCACAUUUCAGAGUGCCAUUGUGAUGCAUCUGAUGUUCCUGUUGGUUCCCACAACAUCUGUCUACUUACAUUAGUGCGCCUGAUCAUGCCACAAGGCUUUUGGAAAGUUGAUGUCACGAUUCUAAUCCAGUCUUAGGGAAUUAGGCUCAAGCGGGGGCUCAAGUACCAUUUGGGAUAAUCACCGUCUUUCCAAAAGCCCAUCAAGCCGAAGGCGCCUGGUGGAAAAAUGGAAGCAAGCAAGAUGGAAAGUGGUGUGAGACGGUGGGCCGUAGAUAUUCGAGGGUGGGAGGCAACAGAUGAGGAGUUUGCAUAUUGCCUCAGUCUGCUUCCUGAAGAAGAGACUCUGGCAGUCAACAGAUAUGUCCACCUUGCGGAUCGCAAGCGCGCACUGAUCAGUCGUCUUCUUCAGCGGAAACUUGCACAUGAAGUCCUGGGCAUCCCUCUGGAUAGAAUCCAGAUUCAGCGGACCUGCGAAGGGAAGCCUUUCCUGGCAAACCCCGGGGUGCAGUGCCCCUUCCCCUGCUUCAACUACAAUGUCUCCCACCAUGGCGCCUACGUCGUCCUGGCAUCGGACCCCGCACGCCUAGUUGGCGUCGAUGUCAUGACGCACUCCCCCAUGCGCCAGCCCGCACCCCCCGCAGUCGAGUUCUUCAAGAACUUUACGAAGUGUUACACGCCCUACGAGUGGGCAAACGUGAUGAAGGGGGGCCCCACAGAGACAGGGCUGCUGGACCAGUUUUACAGGUACUGGUGCAUGAAAGAGGCCUACAUCAAAGCUGUGGGGAUCGGUUUGGGCUUCGAGCUGCGGCGCGCUGAGUUUCAUUACUUGCCCGAAAAUGACAUACUCAGCAGACGGGCAACGGUGUCUAUCGACGGGGUUAGAAGACCGGAAUGGAUCUUCACGCUUGAUCGGUUGGGGGAAGACCAUUGGGUCUGUGUAGGAAGGGGACCGCCGGAAGAAGCAACCAGCAGUUGUUCUUUCCCAAGCAGCAGCAAGGCGGCACCAGUGGUCGCACAGCCAGGAGAGAGUGUUCUAGAUAUCGACUUUGAAUUUUUAGCUGUUGAAGAUCUGCUAAUCAAAGAUGAAAAGCUCUUCUGGCGGACUUCACGGACAAUGUGAGGCCGUGAUUGGUUGAAUUCCGUGGGCCAAUCAAGUCAUUUCGAGAGUCGUGCU